AUGACCACCCCAAGCAUAAAGCUGGAUAGGCGCUAUGACCGUCUGAGCGGCACACUCUUGGCAGACAGGAUGGCAAACGUCCGCAUCGAAUCAGCAUUGCAGCUUUCCCAGACGCUCCCAGAUGAUUUGUGGAAACCGAAUCUCAGAUCGGCAUCAGGCUGCCGGGAUUCGGAAAUCAUAUCCGGGGUUGUGGGUGUUCAGCAGAGCAUGGUUCUGAAUCGGGUAUGCACUCAAUGCCACGUAAACGGUGAUACAUGUCAGGGGGAUAAUCCUACAAAUAUGGUCGAGGUGGACGCAUAG